CCGCGGCGAGGUCCGGGCGCCGCCACUCCGAGCAGGGCCGCGCGGCCUCGGGGUCAGGCCGGGCUCGGCGCGGAACAGGCACCGGCUCGGCCGCGAUGUCGUCGGGGUCGGCGGCCCGGGGCGCGCGGGAGCCGCGGGAGCCGCCGGAGCAGGAGCUGCAGCGGCGCCGGGAGCAGAAGCGGCGGCGGCACGACGCGCAGCAGCUGCAGCAGCUCAAGCACCUGGAGUCCUUUUAUGAGAAGCCUCCUCCUGGCCUUAUCAAGGAAGAUGAGACAAAGCCAGAAGAUUGUAUACCAGAUGUGCCAGGCAACGAACAUGCCAGGGAAUUUCUGGCUCAUGCACCAACUAAAGGACUUUGGAUGCCACUGGGGAAAGAAGUCAAAGUCAUGCAGUGUUGGCGUUGUAAACGAUAUGGUCACCGGACAGGCGACAAAGAAUGUCCUUUCUUUAUCAAAGGCAACCAAAAGUUAGAGCAGUUCAGAGUAGCACACGAAGACCCCAUGUACGACAUCAUUCGCGAGAAUAAAAGGCAUGAGAAGGAUGUGAGGAUUCAACAGCUCAAACAGUUACUAGAGGAUUCUACCUCAGAUGAAGAUGAGAGCAGCUCCAGUUCUUCUGACUGUAAAGAGAAACACAAGAGAAAGAAGAGGAAAGAAAAGCAUAAGAGAAAGAAGAAAGAGAAGAAAAAGAAGAAGAAACGAAAGCACAAGUCUUCCAAAUCCAACGAGAGUUCAGACUCAGACUGACAAGCACUUGUCUGUUGAACAUUCUCGUCUCUGACAUCAAACACUGGCCAACGAACAGGAAGACAAAGCAGACAGGAUCCAGGGCAACAGGAGAGUGGAUGCGUGAUGUUUGCCACGUGAAUUCCCACCAGCUGCCAGGGAAAGACGAGCCCGCCAGAGAGUGAGGCGUGAGCUCACUUCCUCCGCGCCCACCGCCGGGCUCUGGGACCCCUUUGAAAGACCCCUGCCCACCACCGGGCUCUGGGACCCCUUUGAAAGACCUCUGCCCACCGCCGCCGGGCUCUGGGACCCCUUUGAAAGACCCCUGCCCACCGCCGGGCUCUGGGACCCCUUUGAAAGACCCCUGCCCACCGCCGGGCUCUGGGACCCCUUUGAAAGACCCCUGCCCACCGCCGGGCUCUGGGACCCCUUUGAAAGACCCCUGUCCACCGCCGGGCUCUGGGACCCCCUUGAAAGACCUCUGCCAGGGGCUGGACCGAAGGCAUCUCUGAGGAAAGUCUUCCAGGUGCUGCUCCCAGACUUCAGGCUCGAUUUCUCUCUGUUGUGAGAAUAAUAAAAUCUUCUUAUUUA